AUGUUUACCUUUUUCGAAACUUUGAAAUCACCACCAGCGCUGUCAUUUGGCUCGAGCUUCGUUUCAAAAGCAGCCACUUUCACGAAAGAGAGCGCGUCUAAAAUUGGCGAAGCAGCGGCCCAUGCUGGUACCCAGAUUUCAAACAAAGCACAAGAUGGAUCUUUGGCGAACCAGGGAAGCCAAGCGUUAGGAUCAGCCGUUGGGGCUCUUUCGAAUAUUACGAAAACUGGAUGGGGCUUUGCGACAAAGGCAACUUCUGACUUACUCGGGACCCAGGGAAAUACCCAAAAAGCGGAUGUCCAGUCCAACGACUUUUGGGACAAUUUUGGGCAGAAAGCUCCCUCGAGGUCGGGGAGCUCGCUGUUCGCAAAGGAAUCGCCCGCUCCUGCGCAAGAGAAGAAACCUUCCGCCGAAUGGAAUGAAGAUUGGGGCGAUGACUGGGGUAAUAAAGAGAGUAAACCAGCGGCGAAAAAGGGAGAGGGUUGA